AUGGAUAGCAUCCUCAGAGAGACGGUAGCUUACACCAACCUGUCGGCGGCCUCCAUUCUCUUCAUCACGAUAUGUGGUUUCCUCCUGCCCAUGAUCCUGGUGUACCCGCCAGUCCCGCCGUUGAGGAGCGAGGCUCUUCGGGAAACCCACACGAAGCUGGGGCUCGAGCCUGGCGAAAGCAACUUGAAGACCCAGUUCUCUCCGGAACAUGGACCGGACAAGUCCAAGUCGCCCAAAAUACAGAGCCUCUGGGUGUAUCCCGUCAAGUCUUGCCGCGGCAUCGAGGUCACCAAGGCCCGGGUCCUUCCGUCCGGACUCAUGUUCGACAGGAUCUACACCCUGGCGCAGCUCAAGAGCCCUUUCCCCGUCGGCCUUGACUCGACGGACAAGGAAAAGAGCGAACACAUCUGGAAGUUCAUCACCAUCAGGCAGUUCCCCCGGAUGGCGACCGUGCAGGUCGAGCUCUGGCUGCCUGAUAUCGCGAAGCAGAAGCGGAAAGGCUUCAGGACCAAUGAGGCGUUCAUCAUCGUGCGCUUCCCCUGGCAGGAGGACGGGAUCAGGGGGGCCCUCUCCUGGGUCGCUGCCAAGCUGGCGCGGGGCUGGAAGGCCCAGCCCGUGAAGGAGAUCAUGCUCCCCGUCGAUUUCCCCUCCGCGGCCGAGAUCAAGGAGAGGGGCUACGCCUUUGAGCAGAUGACUAUAUGGAACGAGACCGUCACCGCGCUUAAUAUGGAAAAGGACCUGCCGCCUGAACUGGCACGUUACCUCGGCGUGAGCAACAAGCUCGGCCUGUUCCGCCUCGACCCCGCCAGGCUCAGAGAGGUGACCAGGUGCGCACCGACAAAGGAGGUUGUGGGGUAUCAGCCAGUGACCGGGCUGCAAGAUGCCUACCCUCUGCAUCUGCUCAGCUUGAGCAGCAUACAAGAGUUCUCCAAGAAGGUGCCCAAGGAUGACAUCCUGCGAGAUCUCGACGUGAGACGCUUCCGCGCAAAUAUCAUAACCUCUGGAGGCGAGCCAUACGAGGAGGAAUCGUGGAAAAGCAUACGCCUCUUGCCAGGGCCUUCCUCCACGGCCGACAAGUGCGAAUUUCACGUGUCGUGCCGCACCGUUCGAUGCAGAUUGCCCAACGUCGACCCAGACACGGGCGUCCGUCACGACUCUCAGCCAGACAAAUCUCUACGAACGUUCCGCAAUGUUGACGAGGGCGCUCCGAAGUCUGGCUGUUUGGGCAUGCAGUUGACGCCCCUCUUUGGCGAUGCCAAAGCAGGGGGCGGCAUGGAGAAUCUGAUUGAAGUCGGCAUGCCGGUUCAGAUCCUGGAGCAGGGAGAACAUCUGUACAUUCCACAGUGA